AUAAACUAUGAACAGUAAGUAUGCCUGGCUUUAGAAAAGGUUUAGAGAUAAACUUAUUCGGGAACUAUUGACUGUAUUAUUGUUAUUCUGGGCGAGAUAUGUUUUUCUUGCUGAUUUUCCUUGUGUCGUUUUUACUAUCUACUCUAAUUUAUUGGUUGGGGUGACAGGUUAAUCAUCAGCGAACGUUCCAGCAUAAUGCCAACACCCAGAAAGAGCCAUGCGCAAUCCUUGACUUUGCAUGCAUGAAGGAAGGAAGGAAGGACUGUGCUUAAGUUUUAAGAUGCACCCUGAACGCUUUAUCUUUACUCAGUAGAAGAUUAGACACAGACCUAGACUAGGUGAGGGAAGAAAACCUAGGCACUUAGUUCUAUCAGCAACCAGAGGAUUAAGCAAGUGUAGUAUAAGUUCAGGAAUAUCUAUAAUGUAGUGAUUUUUGGCGCCCCGUUUUAUGAUGCCCCUCGAGGCAAGGUUUUGACAAGAGAAUCCUAUACAUAAUGGAAGGAGAAUGAAUAUUUGUCUUAUUCCUUUGCCAUUAUCGCAACCCAUCCAUGAAACUGAGUCUCCCAGAGGCUUAAAAAACAGCAAAACGUGACAGAGCUAGCGAGAUAGAAGCAAGGUUCCAAACUCAUCACUUACUAACUCUACCUAUUUGUUACAUCAUGUUUUUUAUGUCUCAAUGAAAGUGAGUGAAAUGAGGUAUCGAGGCUCCUGCACACACCGCACUAUUCGAAUAGUCAGCUUUUACCUACUAUGACGCAGCUAAAUCACCGAGCAACCUCUGCCACGACCACCUCAUUAGGAGCCCAAGACUGCCUCACUCUUCAAAAUACGACAGCCACUAUUCCUCUUCUCGGUUUCGGCACCUACAAAAUUCGCGGCCAAACAUGCACCACCGCAGUUCUGGCAGCACUUUUAGCGGGCUACAGCCACAUUGACUCAGCUGCGUUAUAUCGCAAUGAGGUGUGCGUCUACGAAGCCAUCGAACAGUCUGGUGUACCUCGUGAAGCGAUCUUCCUUACUACGAAAGUCGGAAGUCCACGAAGGAUGGCAGGCCAGGGUGACGUGUAUCAAGAUGUCGUCGAAACUGUGGACCGUAUCGCUGGAGUAGAUGGGUACGUAGACUUACUAUUGAUGCAUGUUCCUGGACCAUCCAGAGAUUAUCGUCAGAGAUUAUGGGCAGCGAUGGAAAUGGUUAAGAGGAAGGGAAGAGCCAAAAGUAUUGGUGUCAGCAACUUUCGAGUCCGGCACCUCGAAGAACUGAAGGAGUAUGCCACUGAAUGGCCUCCGAGUGCGAACCAAAUCGAGCUACACCCCUGGUGCCAGCAACGAGAUGUCGUGACCUACUGUCAGGACCAUGGUAUUGUUAUCGAGGCAUACAGCCCGCUUGCAACAGGUACUCGGCUUAAUGACCCAGAAGUACAAAGAGUAGCAUCAAAACAUAACAAGACUCCCGCAAAGAUCCUUAUCCGGUACUCACUCCAGAAAGGCUGGAUACCCCUACCCAAGAGUUCGAAUCCGGGUCGCAUUCAAGAGAAUAUUAUGGUUUUUGAUUUUGCUCUCGAUCUAGACGAUAUGAUGGCCUUGGAUGCGCUGGACGAAGGACCCGCAGGUGCUGUUUUUCGAAUGAAUGUUGAUUAAUCACAUAACACGUCACGAAAUAAUGGGUUGGAAGCAAACCUAUCCGUCAACUUCGCAACACUCGAACGGCUGCACUACGAUGUUAGAUAUAUUAUGUGAUAUAUACAAGAGUGCUAAAGAAAUUGGUCCAAGUUACUCGAAUGAGUUCCAUGCCGCUCUUUUCCCCACAAGUCCCAAGUGACUCUCCUAUUCCCUUCCGUGCUUGGCCCACUCCCUCAGCACGUUCUUCUUGAUUUUGCCUGUGCUUGUCUUGGGGAGCUCAUCUACAACUUCGACUUCUCUAGGAACCAUGAACUUGCUAAUAUCACUCUGAUGCUUGGCCCACGAGAUGACCUCCUCUCCUGUUACACUCUUGCCAUCCUUGACUGUGAUGUACACCUUGGGUCGUUCACCCCAGUGUGAAUCCGGGACAGCUACAGCGCCAGCUUCAAGGAUGUCUGGGUGCUGGGCGAGCAUGCUUUCGAGAGCAACAGAUGAUAUGUUCUCACCCCCCGAAAUGAUGAUGUCCUUUGCACGAUCCUGAAUCUGAGCGCUACCAUCAGGAUGCCAGACUGCAAGAUCCCCAGAGUGAAGUACGCCUCCGGCAAAGAGCUGCCGUGUAGCUUCAGGAUCCUUGUAAUAUCCUUUGGCGCAGAUGUUUCCGAUGAAAACAAUCUCACCAACUUCCUUACCGUCCUUGGCGACGUCAAUAAGCACGCCCUGUGGCUGGUCUGGCUUGAU